CAUGCGUUACAAAGGUUCACACGUUCAGCGGUUCAACCACGCGGUGCAUGCGAAUCCAAACGUAAGACAUAACCUUAGUGAAUAGAAGUAGUAAUUAAAACGCAAAAAUGUAUUUAAUGUAUUACUUGAAUGAAGACGGAGAUCGAGUGUAUACUUUGAAGAAAAUAGAUCCAAAUGGAAAGCCUACGUUGUCAGCACAUCCAGCUCGAUUUUCUCCCGAAGAUAAAUAUUCAAGAGAAAGAAUAACAUUAAAAAGAAGAUUUGGUCUAUUACUUACACAACAACCAUUACCUACUUAUUGAUAUUCCUUUAUUAUUUGUAAUUGAUUAUAUGUUCUACUGUG